CUCCACUCAAAGAUUCGAAGAUUAUGGUAUUUUAUGAUUAUUGGGUUACCUGUGUCUUGUCUGCUGUGUUGCAAGCUGGGAUGGAAAUAUCGAUCAACUAGAACAGAUGUUUCUGUUUCUGGAAGGGCGAAGGGAAGGAGAUCGCUAAAUUACUUGGACCCUCUAUCUACACCUAAAGGAAAAUGAUCCCUAUUGGGCUAUUAUUAGCUGAGCCCGAUACAGGCCUCAAAAUACUGACUCCAUGGUGGGAUGUGUUAGCACACUACCUUACCGCUGCAAUAAUGACCAUUGCACUGACGUCCACUGCAUUACAAGCAGCUCUUGACAACCUCAUAUGCAUCCCUGCUGUGGAUUGUUCCGAGUUUCUUAAUGAUCCUCUUGCAGUGUGGAAUAAAACACUCCCAAAUAACAAUCUCCUAGGAGACAUCUGCAGCAAAGGAAAACCAAUGUUAAACUCGUCACAGGCUAUCCUAAUGACGACAAUGAGUGACAGACGUCAGUAUGACUUCAUUGAUUCCAUGUGUUAUCGAAAAGUAUUACCCUGGUUUUCGGCAUUCUUUCCUUUCAUCAUUUUCUCACAGGCAGUCUUCUUUCUUUUGAUUGAUAAUUUCUGGAGCAAAAUGCCAAAGACUUCCUCUACAUUGAAUCAUUUUGUAGCAUUAGUUAUGGAGUGUUACAAUGCAGAGGCUACACUUUCGGAUGUGCUAAAAGAAAUAGCAUCUGAAGCAGAUGAGGAAGAUGAAGGAGAAGACCUGCUAUCAGGUAAGGUUGCCAUUAAACCUGAGAAAGAACCAUUAAUGGACACACCCGAUAAAGAGUUCAAGUCAGAGGUUCAUGAAAAUGAAGAUCGAAAAGACUCACAGAGAGAAGAAACCACACCUUCUCCCUCAAAUGCUGUAAAAAUAAAAGCUUUGUAUGAAAAAGUGGGUGCCUUCAAACGCAGAUAUAAAUCUACCUACACUUUACUACGAGUAUACAAACUGCGAGCAGUCUCUCAAAGCAUAAUGUGUUGUUUUGCACUCACAAUUAAUUUCUUAUACUAUAGCAUGCUGAGAAAUACUGUUCAGUGCCAGCUACAACAGGUCUUUAUCACUGAUUAUGAGUUUUUCCAAUGCUCUAGGUUUAUUGCACCAUUUUAUCGAGCUGUUGUUCUUAUAAUAGCUAUUCCUGUAGUCAUGUGUUUAGGCACAUCUUUUUAUGCCCUUUGCUGGGUGUUUUAUUACAGCCGAGAUGCUAAAGUAAAAACAAAUCUUGAUACAUCUGAAUCUGUACGAAUUAGAGGCGACAUGUCUCUUCUCUUUUUUCUUUUGAAUGAGUAUGACCAGCUGUACUCCAACAGGCUAGCUGCCUUUUUAUCAAAGGAAAAGAGAAAGAAAAUUGAUAAAAAGUUGACUCUUGUACAUAGAAAGAGUUUGCAUAGAACCAUGAUUGUCUUAGGACAGACACCCCAACCCGAUGCCGCUCUUAAGAUACUAACCCCUUGGUGGGAUGUACUAUGUCGAUAUCUUACUGGGGCAAUAAUGACCAUUGCCUUGACRGCGACUGCCAUACAAGCUGCAAAGGACAACUUGGUUUGUAUACCUGCUGUUGACUGUACCAGGUCUAUUAGUCCUCGUACACCAACAGCCUUAAAGCUAAAAAGUGAUGUAUGCGACCAAGUGCAGUAUCAUGUUAUCAACAACGACACCACCACAACAGUCAUGACUGUGAUGAGUGACUAUCGAUCGUAUGCCUAUGUGGAUUCAGAGUGCUUUCAAAAAAACCUGAAGUGGUAUCCUGCAUAUUUUCCUUUCAUCCUUGUUGUUGAAGCAUUGAUUCUUCUUGUCAUUGAUAAUUUCUGGAUCAUGUACCCCAAGACAUCUGCAACACUGAAUCACUUUGUUUCCUUGGUGACAGACUGUUACAAGUCUGUGGGAACUCUUUCAGACAUUAUAGAAGUGAUCUCAAAUUCCGAGAAAAGGAAAGGUUCACCAGCAACUACAACAAAGGAAACAUCGCCUAAAGAACCAAAUGUCGAAGACAUAGAGAUGGCUUUCAUCGAUCCUGGUAAAACACCCAAACCAGCUGAUGAACCAUCGGGAAGUCAGACACCUCAAGUCAAAGCAAAGCAGGAUGUAGCAACCCUCCCAUUUGACAUGUCAGAAGCCAUAAAGGUAAAAACACUGUAUGAGAGAGUAGAAAAUUUCAAAAACUGGCAUGAGGGAGCUCACACACUUAUGAAGGUUUAUGUAUUUAGAGGGGUUAUCCAAGUAUUGUAUAGUUUGGGUAUUUUAAUUUUUAUUUCAUACUUCUAUGGUGCUUUAAGUGAUAACCUUGACUGUCGACUGAAACAGUUAUUCACCAUGAAGUAUCAGUAUUUUCUCUGCUCUCGCUUUAUUGCUCCAUAUUAUAGAGCUUUUACUUUUAUCUUUGCCAUACCAUUGGGAGUCUACUUUUUGACCUCUGCUUACUCCUUUAUUUGGAGUGUUAAGAACAGCGAGAGAUUUAAUUUGUAUUCAGGGAUUGAGUUUGUUGAUAAUGAUUUGAACGUCAAGGGAGAUAUGGCCUUUCUUUUCUCUCUCUUGGAACAAUAUGACAAGCUUUACGCUAUCAAAUUUUCUAUUUUCCUUUCAACUACAUACAAAGAGAAGGUUGAGAAGCGGAUUUCAGCCUUAUAUGUCAAAAGUCUUCAGAAGAAAAAUGAAGAAUGGUAUAAGGGUUUGCAAAAGUUCUUGCCAAAACAAAAGCAAAAGACUGCCCAUGCAUAAAUGUGUUUUUGUCAAUAUUCUCAAACUGGUAGAUUUUUGAACCCUAUAUCGCAGUGACUUAUGUUGAACAUGGUUCUAGCAUACAUCAAGAAUCUAAAGUCUGACAUUAACUCGACUGGAUAUUCUUAAUACUCCAGUUUCAAUUUCUCUAUUGUUCAGAACUAGCUUUAAUGGACUACUUUUCUUUGACAAUACGGCAGUCAUCUUGCAAGGGGGCAAAACAAAACUAAGAUGACAAAAAAUAUAUACCGUUUCAUGUGUUUAUCUUUUUUUAUGGAUAAAAUGUGAUUGAUGUGCUGUCUUAAUUCAUCUUACUUUGUUGUUUUCUCUUGUGGUGAGCUUUUAAUAUCAAUCAAUGUCAUUACUGUAACAAAGCUUUAUUUGCCCUCUGGUAGCCCUAUAAUGCCUUGUGAUUCAAGAUGACCACUGCACAGGAAAAAAAACCAGAUUCCCAUAUUGGGAAUUGUUGGGAAUUUCCUUCUAAUACCCAAUAGAAAAACAAAAUUCACAACAAACUAACAUUGGGUAUCAGUAUGGUGUCACAUUCCCAAUUUCAUUCUCUCUGGGAAUUGGAUGGGAAUUUGUUGGGAAUUCAAGGAAAUUCCCAUCAAAUUCCCAAUUUGGGAAUCUGUUUUUUUUUUCUGUGCUGUAUUGCUGAAGUAGUUCAUUUUGUGCAGAAUAUUCACAUAAUUUGAAAUUUCCUGAUUUUUUUGGCUUCCUUUUUAUCAAGCUUCCAAUAUUCUGAGUAUUUUAUUUUCUCAACUGAAAGAAGUUAAUCACCAAUAUAUAUAUAUCUUCGGUUAUGUUGGAGGAAAAAUUUAAAAAAUGGUUUUAAUAAUUUUGUGGUGUCUGACGCAAGUAGACUGUAGACUUUAAAUUUUGUUGUAAAAUCGAAUCUAUUGAUUCUCCAAGUCUAUUGUUUCAUCGUGUUCAAAGAAAAUGUUCAAUUCCAAACUAAGAUUUAUUUAGAGUCUUGUCAUCUAUUUAGCAUCUUUAGAAAUUUACUCAACUAAACCCUGUCUGCUUCAAACACAAGGUUUUCCUUUUGACAUAAGGAAAUGUUUUGUCAAAUUUAGUGUACGACAUUACAAAUCAAUACAUAUCAGGAAUUAAACAAAGAGGCCAUAAACCAUAAAUUUGGAUAUUGUCUUUGCUCUAGCGUUUGACCAAAUAAGACAAUAUUGAGGCUACUCAUUUGGAACGAAAAUGUUGUGCAUCAAAUACCAUUUACGGUACAAAUUAUUUAUGUGAACACUUCAAAAGAUGGUCAUGUACAGUAUAAACUUAGGGUUUUGCUGUAACUACUAUAGUUUGUAUAAAUGUAAUUAUAUUAAUGUCAUAAAAUAUAGAGUGAAACAUUACUUACGUAUUUCAAAUAAUAGCAGUCUUCAUUCCCCUCAAUAUUCUUUGUUGUUUAACAGCUAAAAAGUCAGGGUAAAUUUAGAUUUAUUACUGGGUUGCCUGUGGCAGCCUAUUUUCAAAUUGUUUUUUUCUUCUCAAAAUGAGAAGGCACAUACAUAUAACAACGUUAGUAACAAAAUGCUGAUAAAUUUUAUGGGAUUUUGAAGCAAGUAUGAGCCAGUUAUCUUAACAGGGAUAAUAUUAUUCUCAAAAACAAAACAAAAAAUGAGCAUAUUUAAAUUGUGGAACCCUCAAACAUCUUUUGGUUUGAGGCAUGGUUGACUCAAAGAUGGAAUUGGAAUUUAGCAUAUUCACCAUUUUUCCAUACAUUGGUUCACUGGUCAAACACAAAACGCUCAAGCGAGGCGCCAAGGUACUUUCAAAGGAUUAUUCAACUUUGAACCUUGCAACCUCGACUGAAUGCUUUGUGUUUGACCAGUGAACCAAUGUAUGGAAAAUGGUGAAAUGGGUUUUUUGAGUGAGAGAUUCCAGAGAAAAUGGAGAAAAUCCACAAAUCAAGGGAGAUACCUAACAAACUCUAUCCAGAUGUUAUGCCAUUAAGUCUAGAAAUUCCUACUGUUAUACCUCCUUCAAUUUUAACAUUAGAUCAACGUAGUCAUAAGUAAGAAAUUUUUCAAAGGCUAAAACAGUCUUUGAAGACCUACUGUAACAUGAUAUUUAAGACUUAAAAAAUAUUUACGUUAAGUUAUGUAUUGCUCUUAAAUCGAGUAAUUUAGGUUAUAAACCGCAUGUAAAAGAAAUGGGAGUAAACCUCUUUCUUUUUUUUUAUCUUGGACGUAAUGUUUUCCCAUUUCAGACCAUGUGUCACUCUCUUGAGAAUAAUAUCCUUUGUUUCUGUGUCUUCUCAUGUGCAACCAUUUAACAAAGAAAUGAUGCUCUAGGGAAUGACACGUGGUCUGAAAUGGGAAAACAUUACACCCAAGGUUAAGAGACCUAUUGAGAAGAAAACGUUGUGUGACUGCAAUGGAAUGCAUAGAAUAUAAUAGAAAGGGUUGCAAUACUUUAAGGAAGUAAGUUAAUACUGCUUUUACUAAUUGAUGGGUUGCAAGCAUUCCCAAGAGAGUCAAAAGACAAAACAUGGCGGCCAUUGUGGUGCCGUUGACAAUGCGGGAUGUUAAUUAGAAGUCUUGUUAAAUGGCACCAACAUGGCGGCGAUGACGUAACGUACAAUCAAAGAAUACAAGUAAUACUGAAAUAAUAUGGAAGAAACGUUCAAAUAACAAAUUCCCCACUUUCUUAAAGCUUGUAUUAGAGGACCCGACUAAAUAUAAUUAGAAGCAUAACGGAUAAUAUUAGAGUAAUUUAAGAAGUUGUAAAACUAUUUAAAUUAAGUGGAAACAACUGGUAAGCUUUGUAGCAAAAACAUUGAUUCUUAAAUAAAGUUAGUGAAAAGAUAAAUAGAA